CGCGACCGAAAAAAUAUGCGAAUAUGUUAUCGAAAACAGCAUCCAAUCGUAGCAAAUGAAAGUGCUCCCAAAAGUGCAACAAAUCAUUCAAGUUAGUGCAUCGAAAUUUCCGUCUGGAUUCUGUCCAGCGAGUGUUCGCAUUCUUGGCCCGAUCAUUGAGUGUGUGUGUGCGUGUGUCGACAGUGUCCGAUCCGAAGAGAGAGCUGGGUUGAUUAAAAUUUCCCCUCCGCUGUCGUAGUGUGCGAGUGUUGAUUUCCAAUGCAUUAUAGCUCGCGUUUGAUUACACCGUCGAAUCGCGAAACGCGAAUGUGUGUUGGUAAUAAACAAGAGAGAAACAACACUGACUGACAGUUCGCUCGCUGAGCUGAGCCAGGAGGAAUUUUUUGUAGGACGGUGCUUGGGAUUUUGAUACGCGCAGCACAGAGUCAGAGCAUAAAGAAAACGACCAGCACGGGUUGCAGUUGUGUGGCGAUGUUCGCGAAAUAAAGAAGCAAAAUUUUAUCAUUUCAACACUCUCGACGAGAAACGAGGAGGAAGGGCAGGUUAUAGAUAUAGCUCGGUUUGAAUAAUUAUUUUCCCCUGUAAGAAUUUCGAUUUUGAAUUUCGCGUCCCGCGAGUGCCCGAUCUUGGUGUGAAAGUGACCUCCUGCAGCUGUUUCUGACGGAGGAAAUAUCUGGGCGCGGUACCGUUCUUCGGAGGGGCCAACAGAGGAAGCGCUGGAAGAGUGAGUGUGGAAGUUCGCUGUGGGAGAUUUUCUUGUGAGGUUUGCUGAAAUCGAAUCUGGAAAUAGCGGAAUAUGUGCGAUAGCAGCAGCUGAGUGAUUUCCGAUUAGCAGCAGUAAAGCGACACCACAAAAAAAGAGGCGUUGAGUGGUCUGGAGGGAGCUGCGGAAGAAUAAUACAGAAAAGAAGCUCUACAGUAGUGCGAUAUCGAAGCUCGGCUCAGUGUGUGAGAAGAUAUUUUCUAAAGCUACUAAAAGUUUACGUGAAAUUUUAAUUCUUCCAAAAGCAUUCACAUCUCGUAGAAGACCAAGUGUUGGCAAGCAUUUAUUAGUCAUGGGGAAAUUGCUGAGCUUGUUGGCCCGCGAUGAGUCGACCUGCUGUACACCGAAGACGUACGACGUGUUCCUGGACUUUGAAAAUGCUGCCCCGACGGAUUUGGAACGGGAGGUCUACGAGGAGGUGGACCGUGUGCUGAAGCAGUCCGAGAUCGUGCUGGACGAAAUUCAAUGCUACAAGGGUGCCGGUAAGGAAAUCCGUGAAGCCAUCGCAGACCCAUCGCCCGAGUGCCAGGAAAAGGCGUGGAACAUUGUGAUACCCCUGGUGGAGAAGCUGAAACGCUGCUACGAACACUCGCUGGAACUGGAACGGAUAGUGCCGAUGCUGCUGGGGCAGCUGGUUGGCGGUCGACUCAAUCCCACACAGCACCUGGAAACACAGCAAGCCCUCGUCAAGCAGCUGGCAGAAAUUCUGGAGUUUGUGCUGAAGUUUGACGAGUACAAGAUGAAAACACCCGCCAUUCAGAACGACUUCAGCUACUACCGGCGGAUUGCCAGCCGGCAGCGGUUAGACCACAGCAACGAGCUGAUCGUCAGUACCGAGCUGGCGAAUCGAAUGUCCCUGUUCUACGCACACGCCACUCCGAUGCUCAAGGUGCUGAGCGAAGCGACGUCCAAGUUCGUGCAGGACAACUCCGACAAUGUGGACAAUACGACGGAAACGCUCGGGACGAUGGCGAAGGUGUGCCUGCGGAUGCUGGAGAAUCCCAAGCUACUGGCCCAAAUCGAACGGGAAGAAACGCACCUCCUCCUGCUGCGGGUGAUGGUCGGCCUGGUGAUACUGUACGACCACGUCCAUCCGGUGGGCGCCUUCGCUCGGGGGGCCCACGUCGACGUGAAAGGAUGCGUCCGGUUACUGCAAGCCCAGCCCGCCGUCAAAGCCGAACCCCUGCUCAACGCCCUGCGGUACACCACCAAACAUCUGAACGAGGAAAACACGCCCAAGAACAUCCGGAACCUGCUGGCGGCAUAGAGGUAAGGUUAGGUUUAUUAUUUUUUUAGUUUGUGACCUCUUUUUCGUGGUUCUUGUUUUCUCUAUCGCGAAAUAAUUUUUUUUUUUUCGUUUCGUGUAUAAGGUUUUGUUUAUGUGUUUGUUUGUUUUUAGACGAUUAACUAACUUAAAUCGAAUUAAAAAUCGUAAUAUUAUUUAGGAAAAAGUUAUAAAAAAAAAACUGUAAUUUAAAUAUAAACAAUUGAUGAUAAUCGGUUAAGUGCAUGAGACGUAACAAGAAUAAUGUUUAUCUAGUUAAAAUAUAAUUUAAAAAGUAAAGUAAAAACAUGAAAUGAAUCAAAACAAACCGGAGCAUUGCAUCUGAGUAGUAGAGAUUGUGAUGAACCUAGAAGAAAUAUUUUUCUUCCCUUGUUUUCGUAGGUAAGAGAAUUUCUCUAAAUCUAUUGAUAUGAAUCAUAUGAAGUAUAUUCGUUGCAAAAAUUUAAAAAAAAAUGUAAAGUAAAAAAACAAUAAACUGACAUUUCAGUCCGAUGAUAAACAUUAGCACACUGAAAUGAAUAGUAAACCUAAAAACUUGACAUGUCAACUAUGAAUAUGAGAGCAAGUAAAAUUAUAUCAUCAAUUUUUUCAUCACGACUGUUAUUUCCUAAAUCUGAAUAAUCAAAUUAAAUUUCUUAUUACAAAUCGAACGAUUCAUUGUUGUAUAGAACAAAUAUUUUGAGAUUAUUGAAGUGGGACGCACACUCUUAGGUUUUUUGUGUCGGAUAACCAAAAAGAGCAAGCAAAGAAGUAUAACAGUGUCUAGGACCUAACAAAAUUAGUAAUCUGUUUUCGGUAAAAGUAACACAAACUGCUACUAGGCUAAAAUAAAGGAACGGGAAAUCGAAAACCAAAACCAAAAAAUAAAAAAAAAACUGCACGGAAAAAUAUAACAACCAAAAUGUGUUCCUUUUUACACGACGAAUAUUGGGACAAACUACUUUUUUGCAGUCACAUCAACGAAGCAAACGAAUGUGUAAUUAUCGGAACUGUUUUUUUUUUUCAUCGCGUCACAACCAACCAACAAAUCAAACGAACAAUAGGAAAGCAGUGAGUUAGUUGACUUGCUUUGUUUAUUAAAGAUAAUUUCUAGCAAUUACUAGCAACCAGUGAUACAUCGCGACAUCGUACUACUUGUUUAGUGAGCAAAGUCGUAGGAAACAGAGAAAUUUAUCCGAUAAAUAUUGUAUUUAAACAAAACAAAAAAUGCCGAGCAAAGGUUAACAGGAAUGCAUUUCGGAUUGUGAUGGAAAUGGCAGGAGAUGAGUGCAGAUUAUAUAUCAGAAACCUAUAACCUAAAAAACCGAAGAGAAAUCAGUGUGAGUAAAAUCCAACCGAUCCCAAUUACGAAGAAUGCACACUAAGUAAAAAGCUAAAUACACUGCUAUUACGAUUACACACACCCACACACUAUUAUUACAGAGACGGUUAUUAUGAUUACAAAUUAUUAUUACGAGAGUAGCACUAAGAACUACAACUACAACAUCAACAACAAAACCACAAAACCACAGAAGUAUAAUGCUUAUUUGUGUAAAACUCAACUCUUAAGUUUGAACUGAACUUUUGAAGGCAUACGCGAGAAAGCGAGAGAAAGAGAUGGAUGGUCAAGGAGAUACCAAAGUCGAGAAUAAAAUUCAAACAAGUGAUGGAAGAUAAAA